AUGGACGGAGGCCACCCGGUCAUGACGACCUCCACGGGGGCCCCCGUGGGAGACAACCAAAACUCUCAGACAGCUGGGCCGUAUGGUCCUGUGGUCAUCACAGACUUCCAUCUUCUGGACAAGCUAGCGCAUUUCGAUCGCGAGCGCAUCCCAGAACGCGUAGUGCAUGCAAAAGGAGCCGGGGCUCAUGGAUACUUCGAAGUCACCCACGACAUAACGAAGUACUGCAAGGCAAGGUUGUUCUCUUCCAUGGGCAAGCGAACACCGGUGUUUGUUCGCUUCUCUACCGUCGGGGGAGAGAAGGGCAGUGCCGAUACUGCACGAGAUCCUAGGGGCUUCGCGAUCAAGCUGUACACGGAGGACGGCAACUGGGAUUUGGUAGCCAACAAUACCCCCGUUUUCUUCGUCAGAGAUCCUCUGAAGUUUCCCGAUUUUAUCCACACACAAAAAAGACACCCCCAGACAAAUUUGCCGGAUGCCGACAUGUUUUGGGAUUUCCUUUCUCUCUCGCCGGAGUCCAUUCACCAAGUUACGAUCCUCUUUUCUGACAGAGGAACACCCGAUGGCUAUAGGCACAUGAACGGCUACUCGAGCCAUUCCUUCAAGACCGUGAACGCUGCCGGCGAGGUCUUUUACGUCAAGUUCCAUUUGAAGACAAAUCAAGGCAUCAAGAAUCUUACAGCCAAGAGGGCUCACCAGCUGGCCUCUACAGAUCCUGAUUAUGCUACCCGCGAUCUGUUCAACUUCAUUGACGCGGGAAACUAUCCUUCGUGGACUCUAUGUGUCCAGGUGAUGCCCGUCAAGGCUGCCGAGUCGUACAGGUACAACGUGUUGGACGUGACUAAGGUGUGGCCUCAUCAUGACUAUCCCCUGCAGCCCGUGGGAAGGCUGGUGCUCGACAGAAACCCAAGCAAUUACUUCCAGGAGGUUGAGCAGGCCGCCUUCUCCCCAGGGCAUCUCGUUCCAGGCAUUGAAGCGUCUGAAGAUAAAAUGCUGCAGGGGCGACUCUUCUCGUAUCCUGACACCCACAGGCACCGACUGGGAGCGAAUUACGACCAGAUCCCCGUGAACGUUCCCCGUAUGUGCCCUUUCCUACAGGCUUUGCACAUCAGGGACGGCCCGAUGUGCGUCAGUGGAAACUAUGGAGGCGCUCCUAACUACGAGCCAAACAGCAUCCGCGGUGCUCCAAAAGAAAACCCCCAAGCGAGACCUUCAGCGACGCCCCUCUCUGGCGUGGUGGCACAUCAUCCCCAGAACCAUCCUAAUGACGAUUUUGAGCAAGCAGGGGCACUCUACAGGAAAGUGAUGUGCCCUGCUGAUCGCGAUGCCCUCAUCUCCAACAUUGCUGGCCACUUGAAAAAUGCACGGAAAGAAAUUCAGGAGAGGCAAGUAAAGCUUUUCGCAAGGGCAGAUAGGGAGUACGGUGCGCGGGUAGCUCACGCCCUCGGACUGCCAGACUCGGUGUGCGACUCGGCGAGGAUGUAG